AUGGCUCCAAAGGCAAAGGCAAAUAAAGAUACAGAAGAUGAACCAAAAAUGCAAGCCAUUGUACUUGCAGACUCUUUUCAAACAAGGUUCAUGCCAUUAACCUCCGUUAAACCAAGAUGCCUUUUACCAUUAGCAAAUGUGCCUCUAAUCGAAUAUACUCUUGAAUUCCUUGCACAAUCAGAUGUUGUUGAGGAAGUCUACAUUAUGUGUUGUUCACAUUCAGGUCAAAUCCAGGAAUACAUCGAUUCCUCAAAAUGGGUUAACCUCUCUUCUCCAUUUAAGAAGAUCCAAACAAUUGCAUCAAAAGAAUCAAGAUCUGUUGGUGAUGCGAUGAGAGACUUAGACUCUAGAAGUAUUAUAAAUGGUGAUUUUAUACUUAUUUCAGGUGACGUUGUUACUAAUCUAGAUAUUAACCAAGCUCUGGAAAAUCACAAAAACUACAAACAAAAUGACCGUGACUAUAUUUGUACUAUGGUUUUAACACAAGCUGCCCCAAUGCACCGUUCUAGAUCUAUCAUUGAACCUGCGUGCUUUGUCAUGGAUAAAACAAGCAACAGAUGCUUAUAUUACCAAGAUUUACCUCCAAUCAAUGGAAAGAAGGCGUCAGUUAAUAUUGAUCCUGAGGUUUUAGAAGACAUCGAAGAAUUUGAAAUAUAUAAUAACUUAAUUGAUUGUCAUGUUGAUAUUUGUACUGGUGCAGUGCCAACGAUUUUUCAAGAAAAUUUUGAUUAUCAAACGUUGAGAAGUGAUUUUGUUAAAGGUGUCUUAAGCAGUGAUAUUUUAAAGAAACACAUCUACUCCUAUAUCACCAAAGACCAUUACUCGGCCAGAGUUGAAAGUUGGCAAACCUAUGAUGGAAUUUCCCAAGAUGUUCUUGAGAGAUGGGCAUAUCCAAUAGUACCGGAAAGAAACUUAUUACCAGACCAAACUUACACAUAUUCUUCCCAACAUAUUUAUAAAGAAAAUAAUGUUAUUUUAUCCCAAUCUAGUAAAUUAAGCUCCAGUGUCAUUAUUGGUAGAGAUUCGUUUGUUGGUGAUAAAACCCAAGUAUCACAUUCGGUUAUUGGGAGAAAUUGUAAAAUUGGCUCUAAUGUAAUUAUUGAGAACUCCUAUAUUUGGGACGGCUCAAUAAUUGAAGAUAAUUGCAUACUAAAACAUGCCAUUGUUGCAAAUAAUUCAAUAAUCAAAAAAAAUGUUAUUCUAAACCCAGGUUCUGUCAUUGGAUUUGGCGUGAUUAUUGAUGAAAAUGUUAUUAUUGGAAAUAACCAGAGAAUCAUCAGAAGUCCAAUGAAAAAUUCCAAUUCAAGCACUAGAAUCGCAAGUGAAGACGAAGAUAGCAAUAACGAAGAAACAUUCAGCUCUGUUGAUCUAAGUGUAAGGGAUUCAAGUGUUGUUGGUAUGAACGGUAUAGGUUUCCUCUACGAAAACACUGAAUACCAAAAUGAAGAGCUAGGUCAUAUUGUUUAUGAAAUGGCAGAGUUGAACUUCUCCGAUGCAUCAAUUGCUUCAAGUACAGUGACACUACACCAUUCGAAAAAGAAAAAGAGAAGUCAUUCAUCAGCAAGUGGAUUUAUAUCCGAAGACGAGGGUGAAAACUUUGAUCAUGAAGCCAUUGCCACUGUGGAAAGAGCAAUGGAGAACAAUCAUGAUCUAGAUACUGCAAUGUUAGAACUAAACACUUUACGUAUGUCAAUGAAUGUCACAUAUCAUGAGGUCCGUGAAGCUUCUUGCUUAGCUAUGGUUAAACGGGUCAACCAUUUUAUUGACACUGACACUUUGGGAGUUAAAGGUGCAUGUGAAAAGAUUUUCAAUAAAUGGGGCAUGAUGUUUGAAAGACAAGUUUUUGACGAUGCUGAUCAGGUAGAUUUGUUGCUAACUCUACAAUCGAUUUGUAAUAGAAUUGAUGGCGAUAAUAAAAGCUUGAUUUUUGUUAAUAUCGCAAUUGUUUUAUAUAAUAUCGAUAUUCUGGAUGAGGAUAACAUCAUCGCAUGGUACAAUACAAAGGAGUCUAAGGAGAUGCCCGAAAUCAGAUCUAAAAUGAGCAAAUGGGUGGAGAUGCUAGAAAAUGAUUCAAGUGAAGAAGAAGAAGAAGGAUUUAGCGAUGAUGAAUAG